CUUGAACCACAAUUACGAUUGUGGCAGUGUUAUACGCAUAUGAGGACCGAAACGUGCAGUCGGCCGAAGUGCUUCUCUACUCAAGUAGUUUCUCUCGGUUUUUCAUCUCUUGCCAAACGUGUUGGGAUUCUCAUAUACUCCGUCAUCCUUGAUCUCCAGCUUCCACACGUUUUCCACACGCGCAAACUCACAAAUCUGGUGAAUCUCCCGAAGCGCCGGUUCUCACGCGGCUUAGUCGCCCCUCAUGCCUCUACCACCGUGGAUCUCUGGAGACAAGUCCAAUGCACCGGUGCCCAGCAAUGGCUUCUUGUCCAGCGGAAGCAAGGUUCGGAAUCCGAAAAAGCCCAAGGCGCGUCCUCCCAAGUCGCUCCGAGAGACUAUGCUUUUGCCAGUACGAUCAUUGCCAGCAUAUUCGGGACCUUACUCAGUAGGAACUAUGGAGAUUGAAGUGCCAGUAGAGGAGCCUCGAACGUUUUCAAACAUCACUCGAAAAGGCAACCACGUACUGCAAUUGAAGACUGUGCUUCUGACCAUAUACUAUCCCGCUUCUCCACCACAGAAGAAGAGACCGUCCCGACAACUAUGGCUAGGUCGCCCUCGCUUCAAGAUGGCUCAAGGCUAUGGACAUUUUGCGGGUGUCGGUACUGUGGGUGUACCUAUCUUCUUGCCGACAAUGUUCACGAAACUCCCAGCUUUCAGAAAUGCGCCAUUAUCCUCUCAGUAUCCUCCCGGAACAAAGACUAAAGAGGAUUACGAGAAGGCAGGAGAGAAUACAGAAGAUGAGGAUGAAGUCGAAGACGAUGAACAUGGACCGAAUGCCAAACCUCCAAAGUUCCCCCUUAUGAUUUUCAGUCAUGGUCUAGGUGGUACCAGAUCUGCUUACUCGAGUGUUUGUGGCGAGUUCGCGAGUUACGGCUUUGUUGUGAUUGCUCUUGAACAUCGGGAUGGAAGCGGGCCUCGGACCUUCGUUAAUCAGCCUGGAAGUGGAGAGGUUAGGUUCGACAAGGCUGGUGAACGACGAGAUCCUAAGAAGCACCACAACAGGCACGGUAAUACACACUACGACGUUGUUGACUAUGUCUUUCCCCAAGACAACGAAUGGGACACAAGUCCUAAUAACGAAAAAGGCGUCGAUCACGAAUUACGAGGAUCUCAACUGGACUUGCGAACGGCUGAGAUCGAAGAAGCUUACAAGAUCAUGAAUGUUAUCAACUCCGGACAAGGCGGAACCAUCGCUAAGCAGAACAUGCGUCGGAAGGGUUACAAAGCUUCCAGUACCCACGGUCUAGAAGGCGUAGACUGGACUUGUUGGAAAGACAGGGUCGACACUGAAUAUGUCGUCGCUGCUGGUCAUUCUUUCGGAGCGGCGACGGUUGUGGAUAUGUUGAGACACGAAAAGCGGUUCAAAUGGAUCGCCCAAGGCAUCAUCUAUGAUAUCUGGGGGAGUGGAACACGACCAUCAGCUGCGGAAGACGAAAAGAUUCAAGCACCUAUACUGGCCAUUAACUCGGAAGCGUUUACUUACUGGCCGUCUAAUUUCGAGCUUGUCGCUUCGCUUGUCAAAGAAGCUCACCCCUGCCCAGCUUGGCUCAUGACCGUCCGCGGAACGAUACAUGUUUCACAGUCUGAUUUCUCCUUGCUAUAUCCCAACGUCUGUUCCAUCUUUCUCAAGGCCAGCGCGAAUCCCGAAAGAGCAUUGGACAUCAAUGUCAACGCCUCACUGGAGUUCUUAUCGAUGGUCAUGCCGACGAUACCACACCGUAUCCGAAACGCAUUCCCCAACGAAGAAUUGUUGCUCACCCAAACGCAUCAUCUCGAAGAUAUACCUCAAGUAGAUAUGCACAAGCCAAAGGACGAUAAAUGGGUGGCCGCGAGGUUGAGGAUCCCGCACGAGUUUACCUGGAGAGUGGCUCCAGGUUUGGCGAGGAAAAUGGCGCGAAGGAGGAUAACGGAAGGAGGCGGCUCACCAGAUGAUGAGAUCUGGUUGCAUUGUAAGCCGGAGGAUGGUACUGUCGAAAAGUACAAUGGUACGGUCGAGAGACUGAAGCCGAAGAAGCCAACUGCAGACUCUGGCUCCGUGGAGAGAGUGAAGUCGCAUGAACCUAAAGCAGAGCCUGGAUGUGUGGGCCCAAACACAGAUACGAAGGAGGAGCCGGGGUGUAAGGAAUGGAGGAACUAAUGUUAGAUACCCACUGUACAUACAAAACAUAGCAACCGAGCAGUAGGAGCUCGACUUCGCAAUACG